CGAGCUACUACUCCUCACACUCGACCAUUAAUACGAAAUCUGGAUCCCACACUAUAGACAUUGGACGGAGAACUAACCCCACACAACCCUCCAGAUCCACAAGUUUCAAACACCACACACGCACCAUGGCGAAGACAAAACCUCAAGACCGUUCCAAACGUUCCAGAAAAAACCCGAACGGCACCUCCAAGAAAGAAAAACCCCUUCCAUCCCCCGCAACUCUCCUUGCCGAAGCAACCGCCGCCCUCCAAACCUCCCAACCCGAGCUCGCCCUCAACAGCGCCCAGCGCGCCCUCUCCAUCCUCCAGCGGACCUCUACCCCCACAAUCGCCUCGCUCCCCGCCCUAACACUUCUCGGCGAAAUAAACGUAGAACUGGGGGAGGUGGAUACCGCGCGCGAGCUCUUCUUAAGAGCUGCGGCGCUAGAUCCUGCGGGUGAGCUGUCCGAAGCACAAGGCGGCGGGGCCGAGAAAUUCCUAUGGCUGGCGCAGCUGUGCGAGGAGGGGGGCGCGGAGAGCGUGGGGUGGUUUGAGAAAGGAGCGGUGGCGUUGCGGCGGGAGAUUGGGGGGUUAGAGGGGAAGAGGGGGAAGGAGGCGGAGGAGGUGGCGGAUGAGAAGAAGAGGAAGUUGGCGGAUGCGUUGUGUGGGGUUGCCGAGGUUUAUAUGACGGAUCUGUCAUGGGAAGAAGAUGCCGAAGCGAGAUGCGAGGCGCUAGUCACAGAAGCAUUGCUGGUUGCGCCGAAUAACCCAGAAGCGCUGCAGACACUCGCGUCGGUGCGGAUUUCACAGAUGAGGCUGGAAGAUGCGCGGGCGGCGUUAAUGAGGAGUUUGGAUGUGUGGAAGGAUCUGGAUCCCGAAGAUCCAAAGGUCCCUGAAUUCCCAACCAGGAUCAGCUUGGCGCGAUUAUUGAUGGAAGCGGAGAUGGAGGACGAGGCGAUCGAGGUGCUGGAGCGGUUGGUGGGGGAAGAUGAUGGCAGUGUUGAGGCAUGGUAUCUUGGGGGUUGGUGUCUGCAUCUGAUGGGCGAGAAGCGGAAGAUGGCGGCCGAGUCGGAAGAGGAAAACAAAACGGCCACAUCGGUUAUGCGCACGAGCAUGGACUGGCUACAGAACAGUCUGAAGCUGUUUCGGUUGCUUGAUUACGAGGAUGAGAGGCUGAAGGAGCAUGCAGAGGAGCUGGUGCAAGAGCUGGAAAAGACGCUGGGGCCUUACGUAGAAGGAGAAGACGGGGACGAGGAGGGAUGGGAAGACGAAGAUGGGAGUGACAACGAGGAGAUGGACGACACUACCACCGAGCCCCCGAAGCUCUCCCAGACCCAUCCCCUCCGCCUCGCCUUCCAGCGCCAUGGAACGGCGACCGCGCGCCAUUGGCUGCUCUCUAUCCUCCUCUCCGUUGCAAUCGCCGUGCUGCUCUGCUACCCCGUGCUUUUCCUCAAUGCCGGAUCCAGCCUUCCCGGUCCACAUAACAUACCCCACCAUGUGUGGACCUCCACCACCGAGUUCCGGGGCGGGCCCAACGCGAAGGCCGAUGUGGAAAUGCGACAAGUAUGGAUGCAUGGGGAUUACAUGAAAGCUUUGGACCUCCGCGUCUUGCGACAAGCAUUGCGCGUUCAAAAUGCGCUUAUUGCAGAUGGAUUUGGAUCCGAGGACCACCCCGGCUUGGACCGCCUCCCAGUAUCCGACGACGCAGAGAGUACACCGCACGACCUGUGUGCCCCACCCUCCCGGAACGUCUCUUGGGCCUUUCACUCGCCUCUGAUGCUUUGGAACUGCUCUUCGGCUGCACUGGAGUCUGAUCCCGACAUCCUGUCUACCAUCAACCGAAAGAUGGGCCAGCAGACCUAUCUUAAUUUCACCCUACGGCCAAGCUCUAUAUUUGCUGGCAAGGUCUUCAAAGACGGUAAAUUACAGGCUGCAGAUGCGCUUGUGAUUACUGCCUUUGAUCUGACCAAGUUCGGCAUUCAAAAGACUUGGGAAGCCCGGUUGACGGCACUGGCUAAAGAUCUAUCAGAUCAAUGGUCGUUAUAUCCUGAGACUGGCACGGUGGCAGCGAGCCAACUUUAUGAAUUUCGCUUCAGGCCUAUGACUAUAUCCGAUGACAUUUUCCUGGCGUUAGUCUAUGGACUAAUGGCCUUGUAUGUACUAGCUAGCCUCGGGAAGAUGCGAGCUGUCACCAGCAGGUUUGGUCUAGCAAUAACAGUAAUCUGCAAGAUGUCUGCUGCUAUUCUUGCCAGCUUUACGAUCUGUGGAAUGCUCAAGAUCAACCUAGCCCACAUCCCUCGAGAGGCGUAUCCUUUCGUAGUUCUCGUCAUCGGCCUUGAUAACAUCUUCCGAUUGAUAAAUGAGGUGUUAUCAAAUCCUCCCGAAAUGCCUACAGUUCAUCGCAUUGGCAAUGCACUUGGCGAGGUUGGGCAUCUGUCACUUGCACAAACCCUUCAAAAUCUCGUGCUUUUGUGGCUGCUCUCACGGGUCGUCUCUCCUGGCGUCGCUGCGUUUUGUGCAUUUGCUGCUGUGGCACUGGUCUUUGAUUUCGUAUUCCACCUAACAUUCUUCCUCGCUGUUUUGAGUGUUGACGUGAGAAGGCUCGAGCUUCAGGAUUCGCUCGACAGAGUCAACAUUUCUCAACCGACAAAGAACCCAAAGCACGAUCAGCAACACUGGCUCGGAGCGCUGAUUGUACGCAAGAUCCCCAUCCAAACGCGGCUGGCAGGAUCUGUCGCAAUUGUGUCCUUCGUCCUUAUGCUGAACUGGCAUUUCUUUGACAGCGCCAAUCAGCCAAUCUCCUUUGGCCGCCUCAUUGAAUACGCUCUUGCUACCAGGGACUCGGUAAAUACAUCUCGUGCGUCUCACACGGUGCGACCGCAGCCGCCUAUCAACCAAGCGCGUACGCCAGCGGAAUGGUUAAGGAUGCAGGAUCACGACACAGCCAAGGAAUUCAUUCAGUUUUUCAAGCCAAACGCGUACAGCUUUGUCGCCCGGGUGUAUGAUCCGGUACUUAUUGUGCUGAAGGGUGCCGAUGGCAGAGAAGCACGGCCGCAACCCACAUCGUUUCUGUCCAUAAUUCGUCAGAUGGCAGAGCAACAUCUCUUCCCGGUUGCGCUUGCGGUUGGCUUCACAAUAGCACUCGUCACUCUCCUAACUAACUUCCUCCUGUCGAAUGAGUUACCAGAUGAUGUGGAGGAUGGUGAGGACGCGCACUCGCUAGCUGUCAGAACACUUCCAGCUUCGCACGGCUUGGAUAUCAUUCGACUUACGUCAUGUGGCAGAGGACACAUUACGGCAAAAGCAACACCCCCGAUUUGGCCUAUCAUAGGAACUACGAUCGACGACAGUGGAAGGUUCCUCGCACUAUUGACAGACUACGGCCAAGCGGCGCUCUGGAGUCUUGUGGAUCGACGAUUCUUCAAGUCGACAAAGGUUCCACUGAGGGGCCAAAUACCCGUUUUCUUUUCAUUUGCUUCUAUGGAUACGACAGAGCAUGAGAGAUUGAGCCUCUUAUUUGUCACGCCCGAUGGAUGUCUAACAGAUCUUGACCUUCGUUCGUCCCAACAACAGAGUCACCAAAUUAGCCAGAGCAAAAUCAUCUCAACAUCCUUGCUCUGCUGCGCCAAAGGGAGAAUGAACAUCAUAAGCGCCUCUAGAAACGGGCAACUACACGUAACCACAAAAUCCUCCAGUAAUGAAUGGAGCUCGGAGACACUGCCCAAUUUUGGACCGCGACUAUCCGACGCCGGAAAGCUAUCGAAGAUCAAGUCCAUCUUGACAGUCUCAAGCCUCGGUCUGGUAUUUGCCGUCCGGCAGUGCGAAGUGGAUGUAUUCGACUUCCACAGCCGUUCCAUCGUCCACACGGUGAGGACUAGGCAUGUGAAACCGAACACUCUCAGAGUCCUACAUUCACACCGAAACUCAUGCUCGUGCGGAGCUACCACCAUCAACUCGCUUUCGAUCGUGUACACGGAAAUCGAGACUCGUCUCUUGAUCAUGCACACCUUCUCCAUCGACGACUCGUCAAACUCGCAGAUUUGUCUUCGCUCAUCGUCGGAGAACGAGACGCGGGCCUGCGAAGGCUUAGACAGCGCGCGGGAGGCCCUUCACUGGGUACACAACCCUGGCAUCUGGGAGGCGACACACGCGCAAUCCGUCAUCGGCAUACGAAAACGGCCGUCAACACUAGCGCCGUCUUCAAUUACGUCCGGUGCUGACACAGGCUACUUUGAACAGACUUCAGACGCUCCUAGCAACGCACUCAAACACCGCAGCAACAAACCGGCCACCGAUCUCUCCUCCCUCCCAACACCCACCUCCCACACCGAGCCCAACCCUGACGAGCACAUUGAACUCGACACAGCCGACGAGUGGGAAGCUUGGACUCUCACCAGCGUUGGUGAACUGCUCACGACGCCGCUCUUCCCAGAUGCAGGCGAGGCCUCGCAGCAGGACGACCAGCUGUGGGUCUCGAACCCAGGCCCGAUUGCGCGGCUAGGUAAACGUGCCGUAGCGGUGGGCUUUGGGAACACGGUCAAGAUUAUCAUGCUCGGCAAUGAGCGGUUCGAAGAGGACACGGAGGAGUUUGUGGAUCCGACGGUUAUGCAGUGGAGGAGUGGGAGGAGGGGGUUGGGGCGGAAGGGGCAGUGA